AUGACUGAUCCUUAUUCCAAUUUAUUCACUGGCUGGUUCAAGUCCAAUCCUUUUCACCAUUAUCCUAUAUCCUCCAAUAACCCUUCUACUCCUUCUCCCUCUUCCUUCUUCUUCCCUAAAUCCGGCGACCUCUGCAGUCCACCGCCACAACCAACUCCUCCUCCUUCCCCUCCUCUCCGUGAAGCCCUCCCUCUCCUCAGCCUCAGCCCCGCCAAUAAACAACAAAACCACCAUGACCUAAUUCAAGAACCACCUUCAACCUCCAUGGAUGUUAACUACAAUCAUCAUCACUAUCAAGCUGAUCUUAAUCUUGAUGACGAUGACCAUGACGUCACUGUGGCUCUUUACAUAGGCCUUCCAAGCCCUAAUUCUCGAGAGAUAGCCCCUUUGCUCAUGAUGUCUUCUUCCUCGGGGACCACUCAUCAUCAUGAGCACAUGACCGACAAGAAAGAUCUACACAACGACUACCACAGCGGCGCCGGAGGAGAAAAAGAUGACGACGAAGAUUCAUUCAGCGGAGACGGCGGAUGUAGAAUCAGUAAACUGAACAAGGGUCAAUAUUGGAUCCCUACACCUUCUCAGAUUCUCAUUGGCCCUACGCAGUUCUCUUGUCCUGUUUGCUUCAAAACCUUCAACAGAUACAACAACAUGCAGAUGCAUAUGUGGGGCCAUGGAUCACAAUACAGAAAAGGACCCGAAUCUCUAAGGGGAACGCAGCCAACUGGAAUGCUGAGGCUUCCUUGCUACUGCUGCGCACCAAGCUGUCGCAACAACAUUGACCAUCCAAGGGCAAAGCCUCUCAAAGACUUCAGAACACUUCAAACGCAUUAUAAGAGGAAACAUGGAAUCAAACCUUUCAUGUGUAGGAAAUGUGGAAAGGCUUUCGCGGUCCGAGGGGACUGGAGAACACAUGAGAAGAAUUGUGGUAAGCUUUGGUAUUGCAUUUGUGGAUCUGAUUUCAAGCACAAGCGAUCUCUGAAAGAUCACAUCAAGGCUUUUGGAAAUGGCCAUGGAGCUUAUGGUAUUGAUGGAUUUGAUGAAGAAGAUGAGCCUGCCUCUGAGGUAGAACAAUUAGACAAUGAUCAAUGA